ACUUGGGACACGAAACAGUGGUUUAUACACAUUUAUAUUUGUACAUAUUUAUUAUUUGUUCGAUCAAAUCUAACAUAUCGUAUUCAGGCACAAGAAAAAGUGACAGAUAUAUCAUCGGUGUCCUUGACCAUGCAACGACGUUGACAAUUAUGACAUCCUACCCCUCGAGACAAUGUGACUUAACAAACUCAAACAUGGUAUUCCUGGACCUCGCCAUAAAAAUAGACUCUUCUUUGCACCCAAAUUUACAAGUUCAACUGAAAGAGGUCAAACUUAUGAAUGGAAUGUUCGCUGUAAUGGAUAUGGAAGAGUUAAUACCUGUAGGUAGUUGCAUGGAUGGAUCGAAGGUCAACACCCCAACAGAUUAUGGAGAUGUUGAUAUUUUACUUGUACCAAAGAAAUAUGUUUUGAACGAACAGUUAUUUGACUAUGAUCCCAAUUACCCAGCAUUUCUCCAUGUAAGAGGAGAUAGUGAUCACGCAAAUAUCUUCAAAAAUGUGAAGUUAGUUGAUGACUGCCAUGUUCCAGUGAUGGUUCUCAAACAAAUACAGAAGCACUUCUUUCGUCUUGUUACGUAUUUUGUUCAUGGCACAACGUCAGGCGGAACACCUGGUAAUGGUGGUACUUUUAAUACAGUGAAAAGAUCCGGUGUAGGCUUGGAAUUCGCCAAACUUGACGUUAAUAAUUUUGAUUUGAACGGUUUUGUAGGUCAGCAAUGGAAGGGUGUCGACAAGUUAAGAAUUUUGGGAAAAUUAAUUGAUUCAUCAUUGGACGUUUUCAUAGACUUUGGUUUAAAUAAAGGCAAAGAAAAACCCAUGACAAGAAGAAAAGGCAAAAAAGUUAAAAAAGAGUGCACAUCGACAAAUAUAAUUCUGUCAGCAGCAAUGAAAGCAGUGGAUGUUUUUACUGGUAAGUAUAAAGAAGAGCAAUCUGAUGCUGACUCACCCAACAGUUGUUAUUCAAAAAACGAUUAUUUCGAAGAAACUGAAAUCGAUCCUGAAAACGGAGAUGUAACUAUAAGGUAUAUCAAUAAUUUAGAUAUAGACGAAUCUGAUGAGAGCGACGAAGAUAGCGAUGACAUCUCAGCGAGCAUGCCAGUAGCGAUUGAAUCAAACUAUGAUGACGAAGACUCGGAUGAUAAAAAAGUAUUUUUGCCAAAAGUAUCAUCGGCAGAUCUUGUUCCAGCCUUUAAGUUUGAUGACUGGCCAAGACCAGCAGCAGAAUGGAUGACAAGGAAAAGAGAGUGGCCGUCGGAGGAAAUAGUUCAAAAAGUUGUAGAAUGUGGUUGUCACAUUGUAUCAAAACGACCACUCUUCCUUGAACUCAACGGUGAUCCAACAAAUGAAGACAACUCACCAGAGUCCGACAAAACAAACACAUUUUUUAGACUUUCCUUCUCCCAAUGUGAACUCAUUCUUGCAAAAAGUUUGACAGAGACACAGAAAUGUUGCUGGAGGAUACUGAAAGCCUACCAGAAAGCGUUUCUUGGCACAGAACCGAAAGUACUCGCCUCGUAUCAUUGGAAAAAUGUCGUGUUUUGGGUCAGCGAAGAGACAGACCCUUCAUUUUGGACGGAAGACAACGUUCUCUUUGGUGUUUGCAAGGCUUUAGAUUUUAUGAUAAGAUGUCUCCAGGAAAGAUUUAUUCCAGUUUAUUUCGUGAGAAAUGAAAACUUGAUCGCUGGGUGCAAACAUGAGGUGAUAGAUAAGGCGUUGGCAAGAGUCAUUUCAAUAAGAAAGAACCCCAUUGGAUAUCUGCAGUUAUUUAUUGAAAGUCCUCCUCAGUCUCUUCCGUAUCGAGUUAGUAACACGGCACUUAAAACGGCGUUAAAAAAUAAAAACUCUAAAGUAGAAUAUGUCUUAGAUACGAUGGUAGAUUCAGUGCGAGAUUUUCCUAAAUUAGCAACUGACGAAGAUUUCUACUCUAGAUUGCCAUGCAAAAUGCUCGAGUUUUGGCAACUUAUGAAAUAUGAUAUGGAAGAAACUGUUACAUCAAACAAAUUCUGCGAAUUUAUUGGAAAUGUAGACACGCUGCUUAACAAAGUAGUGAGUAAACUGCAUUCUGAGGAAGAUAAAAGUGCAGACGAUGAGGACAGUAUUACCAAAACGGUUGUAGAAACAGCAGGAAAUAUUUUAUCUUCAAUAACUGGUGAAACUAGCAAGUAUGCACAUAUCAAUCGAGAAGCCAUUCACGCUCUUACUGAGUCAGCAACUGCUUUUUGUGAAGAAAAGUCUGUUGAUCACCAGAAAGCGUUUGGAGGCGUGCUUUCUGCUCUCACAUCUACUAUUGAUGAACGCUUAAAAGCAAAGCCUUCAUCUAGCUCUACAGUUCUUCAUGGUGCAAGCGCAUUUAUCGAAAUCGUUACGGAGAACGUCCUGAAUGUUUCUGAAAGUGCACAAUCAACAGACGUCCCCAGUGUCAUUAAGAGCUUUCUCAGCAAGUUUGGAGACAAGUUACUAUCACAUGACCAUGCCAAAGAGGAAGACUUUGAUUUAGACUGA